AUGAACUCGGACCAGCUCGCUCAACGCGUCAGCACAUCCUACUCUUCUCCUUGGUUCAAGGUCUCGGUUUCCUUUGACUUCCCAACGUGGGGCUCAAAGGCCGAGGCAGACGCCAAGGUACCGGUCGUCAAAAUGAGCUCAGCCGACGACAUGUCAGAACUGCUGCUAUCCAAGUCAGUGCUUGAUACAGUACCCCUGGCAAGCCAAACUACAAGCCCGACGACAUCCAAUGAGCCGCCUCCGCCACCCCCAGCAUCAACGGUCGACCGCGUGAUUGCGAUUCUGUACCUCUCCAAACCGCCGGCGUCUCGCUCGUUCGCCGUCUUCAACCACAACAAUGAGGUUGUCUAUCCGCAGUUCGCCUUCCCUCUGCGCGAUGAAAUCAUCCCGUCUUGGUUGGCCAUAUUCCUUGGUCCCUUUGUGCCGGUGGUGAUCCUAGUGCUGCUUCAGCUGUACGUUCGUUCGUUCUGGGACGCCAACAAUGCAAUCUUUGGCGUGCUGUACUCGCUCAGCAACUCGGUCGUCUUCCAGGUCAUCAUCAAGUGGCUCAUCGGCGGUCUCCGCCCUCACUUCUUAGACGUGUGCAAGCCGGACCUGUCCCUCGCCAAAACGCUGCCUCCUCACAAGUCGGCUUACAUUGCGUCUGGCUUCAACAACAUGUACUACACCCGCGAGAUCUGCACGGGCGACCCGCGCCAAAUCAAUGACGCUCUAUCCAGUUUCCCUUCGGGUCACACUACAGCCGGGUUUGCUGGGUUUGUCUUCCUCAGUCUGUACAUGAACGGCAAAUUCAAGAUAUUCUCGCAUCAGCACACCCAGCUGUGGAAGAUGCAUCUGUUCUACGCCCCGAUUCUCGUUGCCACGCUCAUUGGCGGUGCACUGACUAUUGAUGCUUUCCACAACUGGUACGACAUACUGGCCGGAGCCGCGAUUGGCACGACGAUGGCCUUCAGCGCCUACCGCAUGACCUACGCAGCCGUCUUUGACCCUCGCUACAACCACAUUCCGCUGCAUCGCAACCGGCCCUUUGACUACGAUGCCAUUGUUACCAGUAACUCUGGCCUCACGUACUUGGACCACAGCAGGCUGUAA